AUGCAACAAACUGAACAGGUCACGGUUAGGAUCCAUGCCAUUCCAAGGCCCACGUAUUUGGCCCAUCCAGCUUGGGAAUUUUUUUUGGGCCGAGGCGAGAGGCGAGAGGCGAGAGCCACCGGCCUCGUCGUCGGCGGCGGGCGGCGGCGGCGGCGCUGCGUGCGGGAGCGUCGAGCUGGGUGGCCGCUUUGCACGCCGUCGGUGGGGAUCGCUACUUCGCCGCCGUCUCGGCUCGUCGCCGGCUGCUUCUCCUACCGCUGCCUCUUCCGGCCACCGGUCGCCUGCGACGGUUUGCAGCAACGGCUGUAUGGGGAUCGUAAAAGCUUCAGCUUGCCGAUGUACUACGGUUGGAACAUGCAACCAAUCUGAAGGACUGCAAGUUGGAAUUGAACAAACCAAUCUGCGGAUUUCGCAGAUGGGUUCAGCCUUCAGAAACGUACGGUACAGCUGCUCCCGUUCGUCUCCAGCCCCGGUUUUUCUCCAUGUUCCUCCCUGACACAAUGGAUUAUCGAUUGUUCCUGCAAACUGUUGCUAGCUGCUGCCUGCAAUGCAAAUGCAGAACAGAACAUGCAGCUAGCUCACUGAAGAAGCAGCUGUGUAGGGUAACUCGUCUACUGCCGACCUCUCAAUGUGCCGACCUAAGAUGCAUGCCUGCCAGGUGGCGGUGUGUUUGUUUUUGUUUUUUUCUUGGCUACAAUCUUCUACUCCCUCCAUCCCAUAAUAUAAGUCCCAUAAUAUAAGGAAUUUUGAGUUUUUACUUGUACUGUUUGACCACUCGUCUUAUUAAAAAAAUUUGGAAUUAUUAUUUAUUUUUCUUGUGACUUACUUUAUUAUCCAAAGUACUUUAAGUACAACUUUUCGUUUUUUGUAUUUGCACAAAUUUUUUAAAUAAGACGAGUGGUCAAACGGUGCAAGCAAAAACUCAAAAUCCCUUAUAUUAUGGGAAGGAGGGAGUAGAAUUGUAAUCGUGUACUACCUCCGUCUCUGAAUAAGUCAUUUUAGUACAUGACUUUAACUUGAUAGGCAUCUAUCUAGAUUCGUGGUAUUAGGAUAUAACUUGUAUUAGAUUAAUUUAUUCUGAGACAGAUGUAGUAAUUUUUCAUGUUAUAUGCUAACUUCGCGCUGUCUUA